UCGCCGUUUCGUUCCGAUCGCAGAAGAAGGUGACGGUUUUUGUUCAUGUAUGUACAUACAUAAUACUGCAAUCAGCAGUGGACUCUUCUGUGCGUUCUUCUUUCGUUCUUGUUCUCGUUCUCUGCUACGCAAGAAGAUAACGUACUGCACGUAAACGAUUAUCCUAAAAGGAAAUUAUAACAAUAAUGUUGACGCCUUUUGCGAUGUUAAAUGUUGCAAGCAGAAACAUUUCUACUUCAACCCCUAUGAGUCAGAUAAUUAAAUUGAGUAGACUGAGAGUAGUGGACAACAGUGAGAUAGGAAGACAAGCUAUGAUGGAGGGUAGACCACCACGUUGCAUUCAUGUUUACAACAAGCUUGGAGUGGGAUAUAUUGGUGAUAGAAUUUUAGUUGCUAUAAGAGGCGAAAAGAAGAAAGGUAUAUUGGUUGGAUUGAAACAGCAACAGGCCCCUAAAGUUCCCAAAUUUGAUAGCAACAAUCUGGUACUCAUAGACGACAACGGCACACCUCUAGGUACAAGAAUACAGGUGCCUAUUCCACACAUACUUCGAACGAAAAUGAAAGAAAAGACUCACAGCAAAGGAGCAGAUUAUACUAAACUAAUAGCGAUUGCGUCUAGAUUUGUGUAGUGUAUUUAUCUUGUCUACUAUUGUAAUAUAUAUCAAAUA